AGAAGCUCUGGGGGAGAGCUGGGUGCAGAGCUGUGAGCUGAGGUGCUGCUCAGAGGUCCCACGCCCUCCACCCUCCCAGCUGGCUAGGCCCCCAUCCCUGGAGCACCCCGGCUGAGAAGGACAGGUAGUCAAGGCUGCCAAAGCAAGUGGCUCAGUCAUGAGAACACAAAUUGAAGUGAUCCCUUGCAAAAUCUGCGGGGACAAGUCAUCUGGGAUCCACUACGGGGUUAUCACCUGUGAGGGGUGCAAGGGUUUCUUCCGCCGAAGUCAACAGUGCAACGUGACCUACUCCUGCACCCGUCAGCAGAACUGCCCCAUCGACCGCACUAGCCGGAACCGAUGCCAGCACUGCCGCCUGCAGAAAUGCCUGGCACUGGGCAUGUCCCGAGAUGCCGUCAAGUUCGGCCGCAUGUCCAAGAAGCAGAGGGACAGCCUGCACGCGGAAGUGCAGAAGCAACUGCAAAGGCAGCAGCAGCAGCAACGGGAACACGUGGCCAAGACCCCUUCUGCGGGGGGCCAAGGAGCAGACACCCUCACCUACACCUUGGGGCUCCCAGACGGCCAGCUGCCCCUGGGUUCCUCCCCUGACCUGCCCGAGGCCUCUGCCUGUCCCCCUGGCCUCCUGCGAGCCCCCGGCUCUGGGCCCUCCUAUUCCAGUCACUUGGCCAAGGCAGGGCUCAAUGGGGCCUCCUAUCACCUUGACUACAGCCCCGAGCGGGGCAAGGCUGAGGGCAGAGAGAGCAUCUAUAGCACGGGCAGCCAGCUGACCCCUGACAGAUGUGGACUGCAUUUGGAGGAACCCAGACACUCUGGGCUGGGGGAGCCAGGACGGGGUCCGGACUACAGUAGCCCCGGUUUCCGCAGCACCCCAGAGACGCCGUACGCCUCCAUGACUGAGAUUGAGCACCUCGUGCAGAAUGUCUGUAAGUCCUACCGAGAGACGUGUCAGCUGCGGCUGGAGGACCUGCUACGGCAACGCCCCAACAUCUUCUCGCGGGAGGAGGUGACCAGCUACCAGAGGAAGUCCAUGUGGGAGAUGUGGGAGCGCUGCGCCCACCGCCUCACCGAGGCCAUCCAGUACGUGGUGGAGUUCGCUAAGAGGCUCACGGGCUUCAUGGAGCUCUGCCAGAAUGACCAGAUCGUGCUGCUGAAAACAGGUGCCAUGGAAGUGGUGCUGGUCCGGAUGUGCCGCGCCUACAACGCCGACAACCACACGGUCUUUUUUGAAGGCAAAUACGGCGGCGUGGAGCUGUUCCGAGCCUUGGGCUGCGGCGAGCUCAUCAGCGCCAUCUUUGACUUCUCCCACUCCCUAAGUGCCUUGUGCUUUUCUGAGGACGAGAUUGCCCUCUACACCGCCCUUGUUCUCAUCAACGCCAACCGGCCUGGGCUCCAGGAGAAGAGGAAAGUGGAACAGCUGCAGUACAAUCUCGAGCUGGCCUUUCAUCAUCACCUCUGCAAGACUCGUCGCCAAGGCAUCUUGGCAGAGCUGCCACCCAAGGGGAAACUUCGGAGUCUGUGUAGCCAGCAUGUGGAAAAGCUGCAAACCUUCCAGCACCUCCACCCCAUCGUGGUCCAAGCUGCUUUCCCCCCACUCUACAAGGAACUCUUCAGCACUGAAAUCGAGCCACCCGAGGGGCUGUCCCAGUGACCCACCCUGGAGCCUGCUGGCCCACCUCCCGGGAUCCCCUUCCACCUCAGCCUUUUCCUGUCCCGUAUCGUCUGGAGGGUGGUCCCCACAUGUUCUCUGGGAGUGAGCCAGCACUGAGACUGGUUUUCUGCCCACAGACUUGCCUGGCAGUGGGACAAUGGCCAGAGGGUGGGGAUAGAGGUACACCAUCUCCAGACUCAGCUCUGUUCUAUCUCAUCUCCCACUUCACCCCCAGCUUCUGGGAGGCCUGCGGUGGGCUGGGAUAUAAGGACCCCCUGGAGGACCAGGGGAUCCUCAGGACAACAGGGGAAGCCAGGCCUCUCUGGAUGAACACAACUCUACUCUGGGCUCAGAAGCUAAGAGCAGGUCUUUGAAAUACCUCAUUGCCUUUCCCUGUGGGCUUCUUGCUGGGGGAGAUGGAUCAAGCUCAGAGACUGGCGGCUGGAGCCCAGAGGGACCUGUAUAUAACACGAAUCUGAAUCUUUAGAUGUUCUGCCUUCCUCCUUCCUCCCAGCUCAGCAAGGAAGUGGUUGGGCACCCUGCCCUCUUCCCAGAGUGUUAAAAAAAA